AUGAAACCGAACUUGAAACAGUGGAAACAACUCAUGCUCUUUGGAAUAUUUGCUUGGGGGCUCCUCUUUCUGGUGAUUUUCAUCUACUUCACCGACAGCAACCCUGCUGAACCUGCACCGAGUUCCUUCUCCUUCCUGGAGACCAAAAAGCUUCUGCCCAUCCAGGGCAAGCAGAGAGCCAUCAUGGGAGCCAUGCACGAAGCCUCCUUUGCUGAAGGCAUCGAUGCAAACAAGGUGCUGCCUGACGGAGACCUGCAGAGAUGGGCCCACGUGAAUGAUAGGUUUGAAAAUGAAGAAGAGCUGUUUUCAUCCCAGAUCGGGAGAAAGUCCCAAAGUGCUUUCUACCAGGGAGAUGAUGACUACUUUUUUGCUGCUGGUCAGCCCGGACCCUACAGCCAGACUCAGGAGACACUGCCGUUCGUUUCCCAUCUGGAGCAAGACCAGAGGCAGAGGGUUUUGACGACACUUCACGUGCAGAAAAGGCUGCCGAAGAAACGGCACAUGAUGCGGAAAAGAAGCCGCGUGUUUGAGGAGGAUGACGACUGGGACAGACUCUAUCCCACCAUGUCCAGGGCCUUUCUCUAUCGGCUUUGGAAGGGAGAUGUCUCUUCCAAAAUGCUGACUCCGCGCCUGCAAAAGGCAAUGAGAGAUUACUUGAGUUCCAACAAGCACGGGGUGCGCUUCCGCGGCAAACGGGAGUCCAGACUGAGCCGGGACGAGCUGCUGUGCCGACUCCGGAGCCGGGUACGAGUGCGCACGCUGGACGGCAAGGAGGCGCCCUUCUCGGCGCUCGGCUGGGCACAGCACGUCCCCGUGGUGCCCCUGAGCCAGCUGCACCCUCACGGCCUCGCCAGCUGCGCCGUGGUCAUGUCUGCGGGCGCAAUCCUCAACUCCUCCUUGGGCCAAGAAAUAGAUUCUCAUGACGCAGUUUUGAGAUUUAACUCUGCCCCUACACGUGGUUAUGAGAAGGAUGUUGGAAAUAAGACCACCAUGCGCAUCAUUAAUUCCCAGAUUUUAACCAACCCCAACCAUCACUUCAUUGACAGUUCGCUGUACAAAGAUGUCAUUUUGGUGGCCUGGGACCCUGCUCCUUAUUCUGCAAAUCUCAACCUUUGGUAUAAGAAACCAGACUACAACCUGUUCACUCCAUACAUUCAGCACCGUCAGAGAAACCCAACCCAGCCAUUUUACAUCCUUCACCCUAAAUUUAUAUGGCAGCUUUGGGACAUUAUCCAGGAGAACACUAAGGAGAAGAUUCAGCCCAACCCACCAUCUUCUGGUUUUAUUGGGAUCCUCAUCAUGAUGUCCAUGUGCAGAGAGGUGCAUGUGUAUGAGUAUAUCCCAUCCCUCCGCCAGACGGAACUUUGUCACUAUCACGAGCUGUACUAUGAUGCAGCCUGCACACUCGGGGCUUACCACCCAUUGCUCUACGAGAAACUUCUGGUGCAGCGCAUGAACAUGGGGGUCCAGGAGGAUCUGCAUCGGAAGGGGAAGGUGACCCUUCCUGGGCUCUGGGCCAUAAACUGCCCUGUACCCAACCACAUCCCAGACUCUUAA